AUGUCACUCCCUGUCAUAUCCAUUACGCCGUGGAUCACGGACACCUCGACAUCCGAUCUGGAGGAGCGUCUCCAAGUAUCAAAGCAACUGCACAAUGCCUGUGUAGAUUAUGGGUUCUUCUACCUUGAUAUCUCCGACUUUGCUUCUGCAGAAGAGACAAAUGAGCUCGAACGAUUGGCCAGAGAGUUUUUCAAGCUUCCGCAAGCAGUCAAGGAUGAGAUUUCCAUCCAUAAGCAGGACCAUGCCAGAGGAUAUCAGAGAUUAGGGGAGAACAUUACACAGGGAAAGCCCGAUGGGCAAGUAAAGCUCGGAACUUCACCAGAGCAUUUCACCCAUGAAGGUAUUGACUUUUAUGCUCCCGUCGACAAUCCCGAUCCAUCACGUCCGUUGUGGGGCACUAAUCAAUGGCCGGAGAUCUCUGGCUUCCGAACCGAAUAUGAAAGAUGGGUGGAUAAGAUGAAGCAAUUAGGCCUUAUUGUCAUGGAAGCGAUGGCCACAGGACUUGGAAUGGACAAGGAUGAAUGGCAGGAUCUUAGAAGCCAAAUGGAUGAUAGCUUCUGGGUGAUGCGACUCAUUGGAUACCCUCCUCUUCCGAAUGAUCAUGAUGGGUAUUCUUGUGGGGCUCACAAGGACUACGGGUGUUUAACAUUCUUGUAUACCGAUGACACACCCUCCGCUCUCCAGGUAUGGCGUGGUCCAACCAAGGAUGAGGCACAAGGCCGAUGGAUAUAUGCAGACCCGAUUCCGGGCUGUGUCAUCGUUAAUAUAGGUGAGAUGUGGGAAAUUUGGACGAACGGCCUGUACAGGAGUACGCUUCACAGGGUUAUACACCGGGGAAGGGGUUUCAGAGUGUCAAUCCCGUUCUUUUUCGAACCUAAUUUCGACGCGCUCGUCCGGUCCCUCCCCGCCGCUUCCCGCGCACUAGACGCCGCAAACUCGAAAGAAUCAAGUGUCACCAAUAUCAGUGGCAAGAUAUAUGAGCCGGUCAUCUAUGGCGACUUCUUACUUAGUAAAGUAACCAACAACUUUGUGGGGGACAGGAAGGGGAGAUAUAACUAAAUGAGCUCCGACCCAGCAUUGGAAUUGGAAUGCAAGGGACGACAGAGAGAACACAUAGUUCAUCCGUGCUGGACAGUUAAUUAUGCUCUAGUCCAGUAGUGAUGCACAUGAUCGGGGGUCCUUCGGUCGCAUGAAUCGAUGGGUGUCUUUGGAGGCUCAUGUGUUACUUCACUCCAAUAAAGAGUUGUUUCGUGGGUUUGACACCGG